AUGGCUUGGCCGUGCAUAAGCAGAGUGUGCUGUCUGGCUCGGUUUUGGAACCAGUUUGAUAAAUCCGAUCUUUCAUUGCCACUGACCAUCCAGAAUUACUCAGACAUCGCCGACCAAGAGGUGCGAUCCGUCACCAGGCAGGUACCGACGGACCGGGUUCUGACGCACAACUAUUCUACUCCGGGCCACCGCGGAUCCCCCCAGACACCGGGAGAUGCCCCGGGCACCCGGAGAUCAUUGAGAGGCCGGAGGGAAGCCAACUUCAAACCCCGGGAGGACUACCACCGACCCGGCGUGCCGUUCUCGAGUGUUACCCAGUACAAGCAGGAUUACAAAGCCUGGCCUAUUCCGAAGAAGGAGAAUUUCCCCUGGAUUAGCAAUUGUGGGAAAGGGGGCAACGUUGGUUCGGAUAGCCCAGUAAACAGUUACCCCAAUGCGAGCCAGACGAGAGGGGAGAGGGGGGAGAGAGAGGAGCUGGGCAUGAGGUGGGGGGAGCAGGGGACGGGAACAGCUAAAAGCUCUCACAGACAGGAGUACCGGCCUUGGACGGGGGCAAGACCAGCCAAGACCACUAGGAAACAACGCCCCCCUGCCCCGUACGCCAGCCCCCGGUCGGGGGUCUCUCACCUCCCUAAUGAGACCAGCUACCAGGCCGCCUACAGCGGAGCCGGGGAGGCUUUCAGACACACAGAGCUUCACCAGAGGGACCAUAAUACCUCCACCGCUGGGCUGCCAACCACCACCUCCAUCUCCACUGUCCCCAAGACCACUGUAACCCUACUCCAGCCUUCCUCCACCACUACCACCCCUAUCACCAGCACCGGCCUCCAGCAGAGCAGCCUGCCAGAGAGACCCAACCUCAGUAUAGGGACCAUGGGAGAG